AUGGGUGGUUGUUUUUCUAAUGCAUCAGAAGCUAGUUUACCACGAGGCCAAUCACAGGCACACAACUUAAAAUGCACUAAUAGAAACAGCACAAUAGUUUCCAGCGCAAAAAAAUCAAAAGAUGAAAUGACUGCGCUAAAUUGGUAUGCAAAAACAGAUGGAAAAAAUUUUGUACGAAUGCAAGAGAUUUCAGAUGAACCUCUGAUAAUGAUAGCGACCGACAACCAGUUAGAUGACUUGGUGCGAUUUUGUACCAGCGAGAUUGACUUUAGUUGCUUGUCAGUUGACCCAACAUUCAACUUCAGAAAUUUCAGUGUGACACCAACAUCCUAUCGAAACCUGCUUUUAAAAUCUUGUAAAACUGGGAAAAGCCCCUGUCUUUAUCGGACCGAUAUUUAUACACCACACAAAACAGCGAGCAACAUACAAACAGUUUUUUGAUAAACUGACGAGUAUACGAGGGCAGUUAAGUAACGUAAUUUGCUACGGAACUGAUGGGGAAAAAGCUCUGAGUGACGCUCUAGCCGAAGCAUUUCCUUUGGGCAUUCAUCUUCGUUGCUUUCGUCAUUUUCACGGUAAUUUUCUGUCAUUUUUAACGAACUUAAAAAUUGGCGAGACCCGUUCAUACUUCGAAGAAGUGUUUGGAAAACAGGAAGGGGAUGUAUAUCAAGAAGGAUUGGUUGAUGCUGCUUCUGAGGAAGAGUUUGACGCAAGACUAUUGUUGUUAAGGGAGUCAUGGGCGAAACGUGAAAAAUGUGCAGUAGAAAACUGCCAAGUCUACCAAUGGAUGGAAGAACGUUCGCUAAUGGUAAAAUCGUGUAUGAUUGCCAGUGUUCGCACUAAGGCUGGCCUGGGGAAUCCGCCAAUGAAGUUCUACACCAAUGAUAGGGAGAACACUAACCGACGCUUGCGCAAUAAAACCAACGGGCGUGAGCAAGGGGAAACAUCAUUCAUUCGCGACAUGAAGGAGUUGAUAGAGGACAGCUGA